AUUCUAUUGUACAGAUAAAUAGUCCAACUGAAUUCCAGUCUGUAUCAACCCAGAAUGGCAAUAAGAAUUACCUCUGUUUCUGUUUUAAUACUUACAACCUUAUUGCUCAAUACUUGCAAAGCUGUGGAUGAAUACUCAUCACAAACUGAUGCAACUCAAUCAUUCACUAUAAGCGAUGGCAUGAUGCUAUAUGAUUUCAAUCGCAAUUCAAAACCAAUAACCCUCAAGCAGUCAAAUCAUUCCGGCAAUUUAACUCUGUUCAACUUCUCGGACCGUGAAACAUCUCUAUUUGAAGAUUGGAUCGGAGUUUCAGAUACAUUUGGAGUUGAAGGACGGUCUAUAGCUGUACUUGUACCAUAUACUGCUUAUAAUAACCAGUCGGCAAUAUUAUACUAUCAAAUCAAUCCACAACCAGAUGGAUCGGGUUUCGCUGGUGUCCACUACAAAUUGGAUACCUGGGACUUGUCAAACUAUACUGGUGUUAUCAUUGAAAUACGUACACAUUAUAGAAAUCCCAAAAUGAAAUUGACCUUCUAUGGAAACUGUUCAGGAAUACUCACUUGUCAAUCGUAUGAGUCGUUUUUCGAGACAUCAGGUGAACGACAACGAAUAGAAUUGCCAUUUAGUACAUUCAAACCAUAUUUUCGUGGAGAACCGAAACCCGAUUCACCAGCUGUUGAUUUAACUCAACUCUCCCGCUUCGGUAUACAGGUGUUUGGUGGUAUCUUUGCAUCCAAAAAGAUAAAUGAUCAAGGUUCCAUCGAAAUAUUCUCCAUAAUAGCAUAUAAGAAGCGUUAAAUGCGAGCAUAAACAAACCGAGCUUACAGGAAUUAUAGAUAACGUAAUAUGUAGUACUUAUUGAUACUGUGAGUAUUUUAGUUCGUAUUAAGUAGUUUUAUCAAUAAAUGCCGUGUAUUUCC